AUGGAGGCACAGUGCCGGCCCGAACCCAGGUCUACUCCUAUAGGGGGCGACCCUUGUCCCCGCCCUCCUGAAUGCUCCGUACCUGGCCACCCUGCCACCACCAACUCUGUAGUGCCCAGUGCAUUUUCCUACUCUACUCAAUCUGGGUCCAACGCACGCACGACUGGGGGCCGAACAUUGCCCGUACUAUUAUACUCGACUCGUUUCAUCAACCGGAUUUCUUCCUCGAUCGAGUUCGCUGCAGCUCAUCAUCGGCGGCACACGGGCUGCUCCUCCUCAUUUGCCAUCAUUACCCGCUAG